AUGGAGAGGCAGGCACUCUUAAGCUUCAAGAAAGGUGUCAUUGAUCCAACAAGUUCCCUCUCUUCUUGGUCUAUCAAGAAAGAUUGCUGCCAGUGGCAUGGUGUUCAGUGCGACAACAUCACAGGAAAAGUCACUAGUCUUAACCUGGGUUGCUCACCAAUUGAUGUAAGUUCCAAUUGCUUGAGGUUAGGAGGUGAAAUCAUCUUGCCUUUAUUUCUGCUUGAAUCUCUGAACUCAUUGGAUUUGAGUGGGAAUGACUUCCAAACUUUUCAUUUGUACCCUUCAAAUGCAUAUCGCAACUUGUUAGGAACUAUGCCUCCUCAUUUUUGUGGAAAUUUCUCCAACCUUAAGUAUCUUGACUUGUCAUAUAAUAUAAACCUUCACAUGGAUAACAUUCAAUGGAUCUCUCAUCUUCCAUCAUUGAAAAUUCUUGAUCUUAGUGGUAUUGAUCUACACAAGGAAACUCAUUGGAUCCAACACAUGAGUGUGUUGCUUUCACUGUCAGAGUUGUUGUUGAGAAGUUGCCAACUUACUGAUGUAAUUCCUGGUGUUGGAUGGUUUGUCAAUUUUACUUCCCUUCAAUAUCUUGACCUUUCGGAAAAUUAUUUUGAUUUUGAAAUUUCUAAACUAGUGUUAAAUCUUAGUGAUGAAUUUUCUGCUCUCAUCCUUGAAAGCAAUAAGUUAAAGGGCCCAAUACCAGACACCUUAAGAAAUCUUAGAAAUCUGGAAUACUUGAUGUUAUCUGGAAACGAAUUGAAUGGAACAAUUCCAGAUUGGCUUGGUGAAUAUAAGCAUAUGCAAUAUCUUGAAUUUUAUGGGAAUUCAUUGCAAGGUCCCAUUCCUGCUACCAUUGGAAAUUUGUCAGAAUUAAUCUCAUUAGAGCUCAGUUACAAUCACCUGCAUGGCUUUUUCCCAUCAAGUCUUGGAAAACUCUCAAACUUGGAAAAUUUGCUUGUUGGGGGAAAUUCAUUGGUUGGGGUGGCGUCAAAAAUGAAUUUCACUAAACUCAUAAAACUGCAGAUGUUAGAUUUGAGUUCGUCAAGCUUUAUCUUUGAUAUGGAUUCAAAUUGGACCCCUCCUUCUCAACUUGCUUAUGUAUAUUUACAUGCUUCAAAACUAGGGUCUGUCUUUCCAACAUGGUUAUAUUCUCUUGAAUAUGUUCAUUAUUUGAACAUUUCUAGCUCAGGAAUAUCCUCUAUAGUUGAGGACAAGCUCUGGAGCUUGGCUAAGAGAACCACUUGUCACGGAUGA